AUGAGGAUGAUUGAGAGCGUCGACUCCGUGGUGGCCAGGUCCAGCGAGGACCUCUGGGCUGAGAUCUGUUCGUGCCUGCCGCACCCUGACCAGAAGGACGCGGGCGAUGCCUUCACGGACUCCUUCCUGGAUUCCUGCACCGACGGGGGAGGCCAGGGCAGCGGCUCCGGUGGCUCUUCCCAAACGGAUCCGAAGCCCUGGGCACCCCUGCACGAUUCGGAGGUGUACUUGGCAUCCCUGGAGAGAAGGCUGAUGAGAAUUAAAGGCUUGUCUCAAGAGGUGACCUCCAAGGACAUGCUGCGCACCCUCUCCCAGGCUAAGAAGGAAUGCUGGGACAGGUUCCUGCAGGAGAAGUUCGAGUCCGAGUUCUACGUGGAGGGACACGACUCUGAUGAGAGCACGCUAGAACAUCUAAAGCGAUGGCUGCAGCCCGACAAAGUGGCAAUCAGUACUGAGGAGGGGCAGUGCCUCAUCCCUCCGGAAUCCCAGCCGGAGAAGCAGGAGACUGAGGAGGAGCCUCCAGCUGCAGAGCAGUGA